GCCGCGGCUGCCGGACGUGGUUGCGCAUGCGCACGCGCGUCGUCAGCUUGCCGCUGCCACUGCUGCUGCUCGUCAUCAUCGGAGUCUGCCACUGUUCAGGCCAGCAACAGGUUGACGGUUCGGGAACGAAUGCAGUGGAGUCAUCUACCAACGGUACCACCAGCGGCAGGACACUCUUCGGCGUCUUUUCGAGGCCAAGCUCGUUGCAGAACGCAGCGCCUCCUACAUGUUCCUGCACGUGUGGCGAGCGGAAUGACGGAUCGCGCAUCGUCGGUGGGCAGGCGGCUGACGUGAGCGAGUUCCCUUGGAUGGCGCGGCUCACGUACUUCAAUCGCUUCUACUGCGGAGGCACGCUCAUCAAUGACAGAUACGUGCUCACGGCGGCGCACUGUGUCAAGGGGUUUAUGUGGUUCAUGAUAAAAGUGACUUUCGGCGAGCAUGACCGCUGCAACUCGACAAUGCGGCCAGAGACUCGCUUCGUAUUGCGGGCGUUCACAGGAGACUUCAGCUUCAUGAACUUCGACCACGACAUCGCGCUGCUCAGGCUCAACGACCGAGUUCCCAUCACGCAGGACAUUCGACCCAUCUGCCUGCCACCAAAUGAUGAGAAGCUGUAUGAAGGAACAAAAGCAGUAGCAACGGGAUGGGGAACCUUACAGGAAGACGGAAAAGCUUCUUGUAUCCUCCAGGAAGUAGAAGUUCCUGUCAUGACCAAUGAAGAAUGCCGCAAAAACACGAAGUACAGAGAAUCAAUGAUCACAGAUAACAUGAUGUGUGCUGGGUACCCCGAUGGCAUGAAGGAUUCCUGUCAGGGUGACAGUGGUGGACCUCUUGGCAGGGAACGUGAUGACAAAAGGUUUGAACUCAUUGGGGUAGUUUCCUGGGGCAAUGGCUGUGCACGUGCUGGUUAUCCUGGUGUUUACACAAGAGUCACACGUUAUCUUGAUUGGAUUCGUAUAAAUACAAGAGAUGGUUGUUACUGUGACCAGUAAACUUGACCAAUGCAGACUUUUAACUACUGCACAUUUACUGUGACCAAAAACUGGAAACAUUCUCCAUGCAGAGUGAAACACUGAUACAUCAUCAAACACUUCAGCUCAUCAUCUAAAUAGAAGAAUAUAUUUCUCAGGGAAAUAACAAUUAUGUGCCAACAGAAAACCACACUCCCUAAAUCAACACCAUUCAUUAAAUAUGACAAUAAUUGUAAAUCAGCAUAUGGAUACAGAUAUUCACUGUUAUCAUAGUCAGUAUCUUUGCUGGAAAUAUGAUGCUGGGACAAUAUGCAGAAAAUUGCCAUAAAGAAAUCCCUCUUGGUACAGGAGUACCAGUAUCCCAAAACAUGACCACCUUCCGAAAAUGGUUCUAACAUUGGCAGUUAACAUCUCUCCCCUCUCUAAAACAGUUUUCAGGCUAAGAGAUUGGUCUUACAUGAAAAAUUAACUAACAUUGAUAAGCACAGUGUUUCAGCUGAACUGUAGCUAUUACGAACUUGUUAUAGUGAUGACCAACAUACAUAGAGUUUUAAAGUAACAGGAAAACUAUUGAUCAGCUUGCUAACUGAGAGGUGGAAGAUGAAUUGUUCACUGAUUUUAGAUUCCUUAUUUAUUUAUUUAUUUAUUUCAUUUUACUUAUUUAUAUGAUGAUCAAUAAAGAAAAGAGCUUAAUGUGUUUCAUUUGGAAC